UCGGCUGGGCCGGGCGGCCCGGGGCGAGCGCGCCAUGGAUCCCAAGAGCGGCGGCGGCGAGGACGACGACUGCGUGGACUCGGGCGCCGAGACCGGAGGGUCUGACUACAGCCACAAGUCCUCCACCAGCAGCGAAGUGUCCGUGGAGGAGGCGCAGGACCCCUUUCUGGUCAGCAUCCACAUCAUCGCGGACCCCGGGGCAUCACAGCCGCUGCAGCAGGCCAUCGACAAGGUCCUGGCUUGGAUCCACCCUGACCUGCAACUGUUCCGGGUGUCCGAGAGAAGGGCGUCCCGGCGUCGGCGGAAGCCCCCCAAGGCGGCACAGCCCGCGCUGGCGGUGGUCCUCUUCCUGCAGGAGGAGUACGGCGAGGAGCAGAUCCUGCAGCUGCAUCGCACCCUGCAGCGGCCACCCUGGCGCCACCACCACACAGAGCGCGUGCCCGGCAAGUUCCUGCCCUACCUGCCCUGCAGCCAGGACUUCUUCAUGCUGGCCCCCGGGACCCCGCUGUGGGCCAUCCGGCCUGUGCACUACGGCAAGGAAAUCGUGCGCUUCACCAUCUACUGUCGCCACGACAACUAUCCCGACAUCCUGCAGUUCUACCAGCUCAUCCUUCGGCGCAGCCCCAGCCAGAGGAAGGCCGACUUCUGCAUCUUUUCCGUUUUCUCCAACCUGGAUGUGGAUAUCCAGUUCUCCCUGAAAAGGCUACCCCGGGAUCAGAACCCGGUCCCCAUGGACUCCUCGGUGCUGGAGUUCCGGGUCAAGGACAUCGGGGAGCUUGUGCCUCUCCUACCCAACCCUUGCAGUCCGAUCAGUGAGGGGCGCUGGCAAACCGAGGACCAUGAUGGGAACAAGAUCCUGCUGCAGGCACAGAGGGUGCACAGGAAGUUCCCUCAGCCCAGACGAGCUCCCCGCGCCUCAGAGAAGAAUCCUCAGGCCCUGCCUCUCCCAAGUCCCAUCGCACCCCACCAUCUACCUGACCACAGCCGACAUCUCCCGCUGAACAGUUCCUACCUGGGGCUCAGUCCGACAAGCUUGCCUCUGGGUCAGCCGCCAGAACUUUCUGGAGCAGCCGACAGUGCUCCCAGCCUUCCCUGUUCCUUCCAGAGAAGCAAGUCAUUGUUCUCAUUGCCCACUGGAGGCCCCUCGCCCACCUCCCUCUCUGCAUCCCUGUGGUUUGCAAACACGGACGCCCCGGGGCGCGGGGCAUCGGAUGGAGUCAUCCUGUCCAUCGAUGACCUGGAGGGGGCGCAGGAGACAGACGUGGACACAGGCCUGCGGUUGUCUGCCUCGGACCUUUCUGUUGUCUCUGCGUACUCUGCACCCAGCAGGUUCUGCCGCACUGGAGACUCAUCCCAGCCUGCGGGCAGCUAUGGCAGUCCCUUAGGCCAGCACAGGGGCUCCCGGGAAGGGCUGCUGCCCCUGGGGGGCGGGGUGGCCCUGGACACCUCCAGGGAGGCCUUUCCUUGGCUCACCAAAGGGUCUGCCAGUUCCAUGGUGACAGCCGUGGCCACAUGCCCACCCUCCAGCGUCUCCUUGUCCCCAGUGUCCCCCCGAGAGCGGUCUUGUCCUAGUCCCCAAAUGGAGAGGACUGGAGAGGACACGCCGCCUACAGCACUGGCUCAACCCGGGGACAAUGACACGGAGGAAUUCUAUAUCUGA